CUUUGCAAAUAUGCAGCACCACUGCUCCCAUUUUGCAGUUGAUCAAAUUGCAAAUAAACAAAAAGAGUAGCAGGCUACUAAUUUAGUUUUCUUCUGGUAUUGUUUUUUGAGAAAUAAGUACAUACAAAUGAGAGGGAAAAGCAGCAGUAAUAAUAAUGCAAAUCAAAAGUUUGGCUGUUAUACCGUAACCCAAAGAUUAGCAGCCGCCGAAGCGGCCAAGAGGAUUCGAGAGAGUGCAGAACCCCCAGAAGAUGAGCUGGAGCUGGAGGGCGACUGGCAGUCCCCCAGUUCAGAAUCUGACGAGACUUGGAGCCAUAAACCGGUUAGUCAACAGUUGUCGAAUGGUAGCAAUCGACCUUCUUGGCUAGGACGAAUUUCAUCGAUUUCGUCAAUCAGAGGACUAGGAGAUAGCUUGUUCGUUGAAAAGAAGAGUGACACAUCAUCAAACAACGACAUGGACGACAAUUGCAGUCAAACGAGUAAGACGACUGGAAUAACACCCACCAAGAGGAGUCGGGGUCGACCUGCCAAUGUUAAAAUGGAGAAGGAGAGUACUACAACUGCUAAGGAUGGUAACACUAUCGUCACGCCAAUACCAGAACAUAUCAAAAAUGCGAUACAGCUAAUGCUCAGUGUUCGACAUGGAUUCAAGGGGCUUCAAUGGGAAUUGGUGGAAUCAGAGUUUCACCAUGUGUAUCCAAAUCUCGCGAGUUUUAAACCUUCGAAUCAUGGGUAUAAAAGUUUCGAAGAACUGUUGAAAUCACCAGAAAUGAAGACCAGGUGUUACGCUGCUACUCCACGAGGAACUGUUAAAGGCCACGAUUUGCAUUCUCGUCAAGGACGAUUAAAGUAUGACCCCGAAGCUGGAGUCUUGACUAUUGUAAUGAGAAGAAAUGAUCCACAGGAGCAAGAAGAAGAUUCGAAAACGAAUGUUGAAACAAAGAUCCAGCAAAUAAACCAACAAAAGACUCCAGCUAUACCAAAUGAAAAACAGAACUCACCAAAUAAUACAUCUUCACAACAGGUUACAGAGACUCGACCAUCUUCACGAAAUUCACUUCCACAAAAAAAUUCUUUAGGAGAUUCAAUGUCAAAUGUAGGCAAACCAAAAACGAAGGUUUGCAAGCCAUCGGAAACUAAAACAUUGCCUGACAACUCAACAAUGCAACGCACACCGUAUCCUAAUCCUAAAGUCACACAUGCAUGUGUUAACAAUAAUGCAUCAAGUGCUGCUAACAAGGAUGCAGCUAUUGUUAUUUCAACACCAGAAUCAGUUUCAAAUACUUCUGAAACAACAAUUGUGCCAACCCAAGUGACUGAAAUUCAAACUGAUGCCCAGAAAAAGGCAGUCGAAGAUUUAUUGAAGAUUCCGGCGUUACAAAACAUAGUUAAUAAUAUUGUCUCACAAAUCUGUCAAACUAAUAAUAAUUCCUCGCAGCCUGUAAAUGAACCUACUAGUAGCACAACAACCAAUCCUGAAGGACAGUUUGCACCAAAUGACGGGUUCGCACAAUUUUACCGCCGUGAAGAACUACCCGACAAUUGGACUCGUGUAAAGACAUACGAAAAUUCAACGGAGCCUAACGCGUCUGAACCUUAUCGCAGAAAUUAUUAUCAUGAGAGAAGUUUUGAUUCUUAUGAUCCGAGAGAGAUAUCUACAAAUCCUUCGCGUCUUGAUUCUAGCAGACGUGGGAGACCAGGACCUGAACGUCGAAGUCGGUUUAGUAGCCACUAUUCUGCUUAUUCUCCCAUUAUUCCAAAUCCAACCCAACGGGGUCGAGGAUAUAGUCGUUAUGGAUAUAGGCGAAAGAAUUUCCUGCAUGGAAGCAACCAAGACGAACAUUACCGGUCGCCGUUGAAACAUUCGCACCAUCCAUCUCCUGAGGAAACAUUUCGACCUCAGAAUCCGAGAGAGCAGAAUUUGGCAUAUUCUGUUGCUGUUCUUCAGCAGGCUGGAGCGAUGGCUGAUCACACCAUUAGCGAAAUCGCAUCAUCUCUCUUCGGUAUCAAAUAUGGCCGGUCAACACCCUCGACCCCAAAUCAAUCGGAAGAAACAAACGGUGUCAUUUAAUCAAUUCUGUGAAAACAAUGCAAUUUCUCUCUUUAACAAUGUAAAUUUUAGUGAAUAUUUUCUAUUUAUCUGAUGCAUCCUUAACCAAUGGCAUAUUAUUACACAACGUUAUAUAAAAUUGAAACUGUAAUACAUAUAUGUAUGUCAUAUUUAACCAACUUGAUUAGUUUUAGCUUAUAUCGCCUGUUACAGUGAACCAAACAUAAUGGUUAAAUAUGUAAAAGCUAAAACGUAUGUUAUGUUUUCAGGUAACCUAUUGUUAAUUAUACGAGCUUAAUUGUCUUGUUUAAGUUAAUUUUGGGCUCUUCUUAACGUAGUUUCUAUUAGUUGUGGGUUUCAUAGAUUUAUUAGGUACAAAAAUGCAAAAUGCAGCAUAAUAUUUAAGUAAAAAUGUAAAACAUUAGUGAGUAGAGGAAAAACCUGUGAAUUAAUUGCUUACAAUGUAAUUUUUGUUAAUUGAGAAUGUAUGCUUAACAUUGGAUUGAAAAUGGUAGCCAAUUAUAUUUAUAACCUGUAAUAAUAUGUAAUAUCUACAUACAUAUGUACGAGUAGCCCACAUCGUUGGACAUGUGGCAUGUAUCGAGCAGAAUCGGUGAAUCCGGGCGGUAUUUAUUCAUUAAAUCUUUAAGCAAAGACAGACUGGACAAUUUAAUUUUUAUCUUUUUCUAAUACCAUUUCGGUAAAUACUAAAUGUGACGAUUGAACGAUAAGACUCUUGUUAUGAUCACUUCUAAAAUUAAAUAAAGGACAAGUAUGCAAGGAUUCAAACUACUAAUUAAAUUAUAACGCAUUGAGAUUUUCAUGGUUGCUAGAUUGCUCUAAACCCAUUGCAUAUUCAUCUACGUGAAUUUGAAGAACUAAUUUUGGUACUCGCAAAAAUGGCUUCAGAGUCCAGUUGGUUAUCAUGGGUCAAAAUGGAAAACCAGGAGAUGAUGAUCACCUUUCCCAUUGAUCGUCACAUUCGGGCAGUCGGUUGGUCACUCGCCAUGAUCGCUUUCGGAUUCCUCAUUUUGGCCUUUGACACCAGACCCAUUCCGCCCAGACGACACAGCGCUCUUCCUCUGCGGGAUCGUAUCGUAGGAAUGGAACAACGAUACUUCCUCGUCGUUCUCAAUGGAAUUCUUAUGUACGGAGCACUGGUCUAUAUUUUCCAAAACGGAGGUCGGAGUUAAUCAAUCAUUACUGUCGGUUAUUCUGAUUCGUCAAUUGCAUUUGUUAAAUUAGUUCAUACUUUAAAUACUACACUACGAUAUCAGUUGUUUAAGUGUUUAGGUGUAUAUGCAUUUGUUAAGCUUUCAAAUGAACAUGGGUAUCUUGUCAGUCUCAUAUACUUGUAGAGAGUUAUUACUUAUUUCUAAGCCCCAUUUCUUUAUAUUGUUACUUAAUAUAAAACUACAUAUAUUGUUACAAUUUCUCUAAAGUACAAAUGUGUCAAAUAAACAACGGUGACAUAUACCAUAUCGAAUA